UGCGGAGUGAACACAGCUUCUAGAGAGGGAGAAUCGCAGACACCGAGGAACACAAGGCCGUUUCUGUUGACACCCUUGUGAGGGGGGGGGCAUCUCAACGUCAAGACGGUAUUGAGGUUUCAUGCAGUUCUCUUUUAUGAGAGUACAUUAUCCUAAGAAACAAAUCAUUUGGAUCUGAGUGUGUUCCCGUGAACAACCAGGGAUGUAAACACUGGACAAGAACAAUUCAAAUGCACAGGGCCAUACACAGACACAAAUUCGCGCUGUGAUUGACAACGUUCCACUUCCUUUUAUGUUGUAUUUUCUAAACAAGGAAUGACUUGUUCUCACUGGAUUGUUUGAUGGGGCUUCUAAGGAUCAUGAUGCCGCCAAAGUUUCAGCUUCUGGCGCUUUUGGCAUUCGCAGUGGCCAUGUUCUUCUUGGAGAACCAAAUCCAGAAGCUGGAGGAGUCUCGGGUGAAGCUAGAGCGGGCCAUCGCCAGGCACGAGGUGCACGAGAUUGAGGAGAGGCACACGCAGGAAGGCCUGCGGGAGCGGGAGGCCCCCUUGGCGGCCGGCAGUGAGGACAUGGUCGUCAUCUACAACCGCGUGCCCAAGACGGCCAGCACCUCCUUCACCAACAUCGCCUACGACCUGUGUGGCAAGAACCGUUACCACGUGCUGCACAUCAACACCACCAAGAACAACCCGGUCAUGUCCAUGCAGGACCAGGUGCGGUUUGUGAAGAACGUGACAGAGUGGGGGGAGAUGAAGCCGGCGUUCUACCACGGCCAUGUCUCCUUCCUGGACUUUACAAAGUUUGGAGUAAAGAAGAAGCCCGUCUACAUCAAUGUGAUCCGCGACCCCAUCGAGCGCCUGGUGUCCUACUACUACUUCCUGCGUUUUGGGGAUGACUACCGGCCCGGCCUGCGGCGCCGGAAACAGGGGGAUAAGAAGACCUUUGAUGAGUGCGUGUCGGCGGGUGGGUCCGACUGCGCCCCGGAAAAGCUGUGGCUGCAGAUCCCCUUUUUCUGUGGUCACUACUCCGAAUGCUGGAACGUGGGCAGCCACUGGGCCUUGGAGCAGGCCAAGUAUAACCUGGUCAAUGAGUACCUGCUGGUGGGGGUGACUGAGGAGCUGGAGGACUUUGUGAUGAUGCUUGAGGCGGCGCUGCCGCGCUUCUUCAGGGGCGCCACUGAGCUCUACAAAACGGGGAAGAAAUCCCACCUGAGGAAGACAAGUGAAAAGAAGCCGCCCACCAAGGAAUCCAGCGCCAAGCUGCAGCAGUCCGCCAUCUGGAAGAUGGAAAACGAGUUCUACGAGUUUGCCCUGGAGCAGUUCCAGUUUGUCCGGGCUCACGCCGUCCGGGAGAAGGACGGGGAACUCUACCUGCUGGCUCAGAACUUCUUCUACGAGAAGAUCUACCCCAAAAACUAACUAGCGCACAUGAAAGAUGGACCAUUCCUCUAGGCUUCAUGCCGUAGUCACACACACUGGGGAGAGGACAGGAGAGGAUGAAAACCUAAGAUCAUCAGUGGAUCUGUGGAACUGUCUGUGUUAGACGUUGUUAGCAGUUUCUGAAUGUCGCCCGCUUCACUGACUCCUCCGCCUCCAUAGUAGCCGACAGAACCAGGAAGCUGCCUCUUCCUGGUGCGAGAGUGCCAAUAGGGCAUGUUCCCACCAGCAUCUAAGUUCCAGGACUACCUUUCUCCUUCCAGGUGAAAGUUCACAGGAGUGAUUUGCUUGACAGACACAUGGCAGGAGAUGAGUCUACUUGGCAGCUGGCCAUGUCCCUUUACUUCUGGUCACAUGAUUUGUAUUUUCCGUCCAGAGGGCAGGUUUUUAUUGGCUUGUUCUGUUUGUUUGCAUUUUAUUUGUAUUUUCAUUCUACUUUACUGUCACCGUCUAUGGGAACAUUGUCGCUCCACUUUUUAUGUGUUGUAACCGUCUAAAAUUAAAAGUCGACUACAAUGUUAUCUUGGAGUUUAUCUAUAUGAAUUGAAGACUUUUUUACCAAAUCUAAAUUCUGUGGCCUCCAUAGACUUGGGUGGCUGAUCACGACUGUGGUACUACUAUUCAGUGUUUUAUACUGUACUUAUUUACUUGUUUUCAGACUCUUUGACCCAGUUGGAUUAUUGCUAGGUGGAAUGUGAAGUGUUUACACAUGAUGUAAUUAAACUAUGGAAGAAGACAAUUCA